UCUUAUAAAUAGUAUCAACUGGGUUUUGAAAAAGACACAAUCGAAGUUACGGUCAACAAAAACAGAUACUAAUACAAAAUGUCUCAACUCAUGCCAUUAGGAGAGGACUUACAAAAUGUGGCCAUCAAAGAAUUGGGUGAAAAUCCCAGCAGAAUAUCUGAGGAUUUGCUAAUCCUUAAGGCAUGGAUUAAUCAACAACCUCAUUUGAAAUCGCGCAUGGAUGAUCAGUUCCUUAUACAAUUUCUUAGAGGCAGUAAAUAUAGCUUGGAAAAGGCCAAAGACAAAUUGGAUACAUUCUACACGAUGAAGACCAAAUAUUCCGAUUUGUUUGCUAUAACUGAUGUGGACAAUGAGAUGUUUCGAAAAUUUCACAAUACUGGAACUUAUGUGACAUUGCCGAAGCCGUUGAAUGCAAAUGGACCUCGAAUUGUUUCCGUACGUAUAAAUUAUGCAGCUCCCGACUUUACGGUGUGCCAGAUCGUUCAAUAUACAACAGCUGCAUUGGAAGUUGCUAUGAUAUCUGAUCCCUAUGCUUGUAUUCAUGGUAUAUGCUUCAUAAUGGAUUUCUCCAAACUUACCCUGAAUCAUGUCAUGCUUAUAACACCAACAAACUUUAAGAAAUUUGUAAAAUAUUUUGAGCACACGAUUCCGAUAAGAAUAAAGGGGAUCUACGCUAUAAAUGCUACACCAGCCGCUGAACAAUUGUAUCAAUUUGUAAUGCCUUUCUUUCCACAGCAAUUAAAAGAGCGGAUUGUCAUCAUUCGCAAUAAUAUAGAGGAAUUGCAUCGACAUAUACCCAAAGAGUAUUUACCAACGGAAUAUGGUGGUGAAAAUGGUUUAUUGGAGCAGUUGUGCGAGGACUACAAUCAUGUAUGGGAUAAACAUAGAGACUUUUUUCGCGAGAAUGCUGCCUAUGGCGUAGAAGAGAAAUUGCGUUUGGGCAAAUGCAAAUUAGAAUUUGGUGAUGAUUUCGGCAUUGGGGGUACAUUUAGAAAACUUUUAGAGACAAUUGGAAACAUAGGUUUUAGCAUGUCUCAAAUAAAAUUAUUAAAGGAAGAAUUGCAAAAAGUGGCCAUAGAAGAAUUGGGUGAAGUACCUAGUCGAAUUCCGGAAGAUUUGGAAGUCCUUAAGGCAUGGAUCAACCAACAAUCCCAUUUGAAGGCCCGUACAGAAGACCAGUUUCUCAUACAAUUUCUCAGAGGCUGUAAGUAUAGCCUGGAGAAGGCUAAAGACAAAUUGGAUAUCUUCUAUGCCAUGAAGACCAAGUGUCCAGAAAUGUUUGGCAUUACCGAUGUGGAUAAUGAUGCUUUUCGAAGGUUUCACAAAACCGGCACCUAUGUGCCUUUGCCUGAACCUUUAUUUGGGAAUGGUCCCCGCAUUGUCUUCAUACGUGCCAAUUAUGCUGCUCCAGAUUUUACUGUGGCCCAAAUCAUGUCAUAUGUAACAGCAGCUACCGAAUUGGCCAUGAUAACAGAUCCCUAUGCUUGUAUCCAUGGUCUUUGUUAUAUCAUGGAUUUCUCCAAGGUUACCCUAAGUCAUGUCAUGCUAAUAACGCCAGCGGCCAUCAAAAAGAUUGUCAAGUUUUUUGAGAACACAAUUCCUGUAAGAAUCAAGGCGCUUCAUAUAAUAAAUGCUUCAACAGCAAGUGAACAUAUGCAUCGAGUAGUUUUGCCCUAUAUACCAGAGAAUUUGAGACAAAGGAUAUUCAUUUCUGCUAAAAAUUCUAAAGAAUUGGAUGAUCACAUUCCCAAAAAGUAUCUGCCUGUGGAAUAUGGUGGGGAAAAUGGUUCUUUGGAACAGCUAUGUUGUGAGCGCAAUAAAAUCUGGGAUAACUAUCGAGAAUUCUUCCGGCAGAAUGCCGACUACGGCACUGAAGAACAUUUGCGUUUGGGUAAACCCAAGAUAGACUUUGGCGAUGAUCUGGGUAUUGCUGGAUCAUUUCGAAAACUUAUAGUCGAUUAACCUUCUACGUAUGACAAAGUUUAGAGAUAUUCUUUACAACUUCAGUUCAGUUUGGAGAAGAUCUUUUUUGGAAUUUUUCAUAUG